UUUGGAGAGAACAUAUACUAUAUUGGGGGGAACACGGCAAAGUGCGAGGACGCUGUGGAUCUCUGGUAUUCGGAAAUCAAAAACCUCAACGGGAAGUACCCUGGCGGUAGCUGGACUCUUAAAGAAGGACACUUCACGCAGGUGAUGUGGGCAGGCAGCACAGGCCUUGGCUGCGCGGCCACAAAUGGACAAAACUGUGAAGGCAGAACCAUUGUCAUAUGCAACUACAAGCCCCAAGGAAAUUGGGAAGAGGUAUGGAACAGCAUAAUGGAGGCCUCUGCUCCCUUCUCUUUGUCAUCGUCUCCGUUGUUUGCUCUGUUGGCCGCUGUUGCGGGGUGCAUAGUCAGCUGGGCCCUCAUAUGGCUUUGA